GGGAAGGCUGCCCUGCGUUAGCGGUGAGGGGUGUCUAGUGGACCAGCAGCGUGUUCCUGCGCAGGCUCUCCCAAAGGAGGGAUCGUGGAGAGGGGCGUGACUGAGGGGGCCCCAGAGCAGCCCCCAUGGGCGCCGGGGUGUGGUGCCUGCUGCUGGGCUGGGCCCUGUGGGCCUCCGCGGAGACCGACACCCCGAUGACAGAAAGGCAGUGGCGGGCAGUGGAUGUAGUCUUGGAUUGCUUCUUGGUGAAGGAUGGUGGGCACCGUGGGACUUUGGCCAGUAUCAGGGACAGGGCAAAGGCCUUGCUGGUGCUGAGGAAGGUGCCCGUGCUGGAUGAUGGCUCCUUGGAAGGCUUCACGGAUUUCCAGGAGAGCACCACGGCCCAGGAUGACUUCCAGGUGACCUUUGAGGCUUCCGUGGACCUGGUCCAGGUCCCCCAGGCUGAGGCCUUGCUCCACGCCGACUGCAACCAGAAGGAGGUGACCUGUGAGAUCUCCCACUACUCUCUCCAGACCAGACCCGAGGCCACGAAGGAGACCACAAUGUGGUUCGUUGCCAACGUGCAGGUGUCUGAAGAGGGGCCGAGUGUCUCCAUGGUGAUGAAGUCCCUGGGAGAGACUGAGAACAGGGCUGCCUGGGACCCCACGAUGCAGCUGCCCCUGGGCCCCCGGGGCUCUGUGAAGACUGCAGUGGAGUUCCAGGUGACCACCCAGACCCCAUCCCUGAGCUCCCUGCUGGGGGCCUCGCCCUCCCUGCACUGUGGCUACACCAUGGCGCCGGGCUUGGACCUCGUCAGUGUGGAGUGGCGGCUGCAGCAUAAGGGCAGUGGCCAGCUGGUGUACCACUGGGCCUCGGGCCAGGGGCAGGCCAAGCGGGAGGGCGCCAGCCUGGAGCCCGAGCUGCCCGGGGACGCCUCACUCACCCUGCCCAGCCUCACUGCAAAGGACGAGGGGGCCUACAUCUGCCAGAUCACUACCUCUCUGUACCGAGCUCAGCAAAUCAUCCGGCUGAGCGUGCAAGCCCCCCCAAGAGUACAACUGAACCUGGCCAGUGAAGCCCCGCUGCCCACGCUCAUCUGCAGCAUUGCUGGCUACUACCCUCUGGACGUGGCUGUGACGUGGAUCCGAGAGGAGCAGGGAGGAAGCCCAGCCCCGGUCUCUGGGGCCUCUUUCUCCAGCCUCCGGCAGAGCUCAGCAGGCACCUACAGCAUCUCCUCCUCUCUGACGGCAGAGCCGGGCCCUGCCGGCGCCACAUACACCUGCCAGGUCGCCCACCUCUCCCUGGAGGAGCCCCUGCAAGCCAGCACCUGGAUCGCCCCCCCAGAGAGAACGGCCUGGGGGUUCGUCUUUGCCAGCAGCCUCUUCCUCUUUGUACUGUUGUUUCUGGGGCUCCAGAGGUGGUAAGCCAUCUCACUGAGGUCCACCUUCUGAGGUCCACCUUCUGAGGUCCACCUUCUGAGGCAGCCACCCUCUUGCCUCAGACCAGUCGCACAAGCCCAGAGGGCCUCUGGAAGAAGAGCGGGGGCUCCACGGGCAGGAGGAGCCCCCAGAGUCACUAGCCCUGGGCAGAUGCACCCGGGGAGACUAUGUAGAGAGGGUGACAGUGGAGCUUCAAACAAGAGCCAGUUUGGGGAUGAGGUGGCUAAGAGCCAACUGGAAGCAAGCAAGCAAGCAAGCGAGGGGCCACAGGGCCAAGGGGUGGGUCCUGGGCCACCCCUCACCAACUCCGGACCCUGUCAGAAUAAAAGCCACUGGCACCCUCUGAGGCCAA